UUCCUACUCCCCCGUCUCUAACACAAACACCUGUGGCAGAUGGUAAAAAAACACACCUAUCUCAACCAAACACCUAAGCAAACUGUGGAAAUUUUUUUGCUCAAAAGAGACGUUAAGAGUUACUUAAGCUAGCUGCAGACUCAUUUGAAAUGGGAGGAAACUGAGAGUUAAAGACUGUGUUGAAGAACAUGGCAAGGUGUAGAAGGUGCUUCUUGCAUAACUCAAUCAGAGCAGUGAAUCUGAUAGUGAAUAUUUGUGGGGUUGGAAUGAUCAUAUACUCACUUUGGUUGCUCAAGAAGUGGCAAGAUGGGGUUGCUUACCUGCCCUCUGUUUCUUUGCUACCUAGACCCUGGUUUAUAUACACAUGUUUAGGCGUGGGAAUUGCUGUCUGCCUGAGCACUCUCGCUGGUUGUAUGGUUGCUAAUUGUAUUAGCAAUUAUACACUUUGCAUAUACAUUGUCUCCAUCUGCUCGCUUCUUUUCCUAGAAGUUGCUGUGCUUGUCACCAUUUUCUUCAAGAUGGACUGGGCAGAAGAACUUGCCAAGUACAUCGAUGAGAACCAUACAGAGUUCAAGACUUUUGUGCUCUUCCAUUUAAGGAUGUGCCGCUCGAUUCUAAUCAUGAUUUUGGUACCACAGCUGUGUGUUAUUGUGCUGGCCAUUAUUCUUUGGGCUAUAGGCACUGAGCCAAGGACUCAAGGUGGCUAUUUGAAUAUAUCUGAUUUUAACCAUUCCUUUCUUGUAACACCUAACUCGCCUUCUGUACUCAGUGUCUCAAUACCAGUAUGUCCAAAAUGUGAAGUUUUCUACAGAGCAAAUCCACGCCAAAGUUUUUUAUCAUAUGUUAAAGGCCUUCUUAGAAUACAAUUUCAAGGAAGGACCACUGAUAGUUAAUAGAUUGUCAUUGUCACUGUAAUUGUAAAUACCUUAUUUCUUCUGGUGGGUACAGUAUGUGUGGAAGUACACAGGUACCUCUCUGCUUCUUUUGUGCAAUUCAAUGAGGAAUUUGGGAGUUACAUACAA